AUGGCCAGUGCUACCAUGGACCGCUCAGAGCUCUCGUCCCGCAUCAUCCCCGUGAUGAGCCUCUCCGAGGCAACCUCACCACUCACAAGACCCGACACUGCCCUCGACGCCCUGUCCUCCCCCGCCCACCGCGCCGCCGCUCGCUUCCGUGUCAGCGGCAAUGCCAUCGUGACCGGCGGCGCGGGCGAUCUAGGCUUCGCGGCCUGCCGAGCGCUGCUAGACCACGGCCUCUCCGGGCUCGUCAUCUUCGACCUCGACCCGAUCUCUGGCGCCGCCCGGGUAGCACAGCUGCAGGACGAAUACGCUGCCACCGUCCCCGCAGAGAUGAUCAGCUUCGCCAGGGUCAAUGUCACCGACGCGGCGGACGUGGCCGACAACGUGGGCAGAGUCGCCGACAAGCUGGGCAGCGUGGACGUGCUCCUCGCUUUUGCCGGGGUGGCGUCUUGCGCGCACGCCCUGGAACUGCCGGCGCUCGAGUGGCGGCGGGUGUUUGACAUCAACACCACGGGCUCCUUCUUGUGCGCCCAGGCCGUGGCGAAAGUCCAGGCGGAGCGGGUCAAGAAGCCCGCGAGUAUCGUCCUGGUGUCGUCAAUCUCUGGGCACGCGGUCAACUUCCCGCAGCCGCAGGCCGCCUACAACGCGUCCAAGGCGGCGGUGCGGGCGAUGGCGAGGUCGCUGGCCGCCGAGUGGGCGCGGUACGGCGUGCGGGUCAAUACUAUCAGCCCGGGCUACAUGGACACGAUUUUGAAUGAGGGGGACGGGUUAAAGGUUGCCAGGGAUACGUGGUGCGAGAGAAACCCCAUGGGACGCAUGGGUGUGCCCGAGGAGCUGUGCGGUGCAGUGGUCCUGCUUGCGAGUCGCGCGGCCGGAUAUAUGACUGGGGCGGAUAUUGUCAUCGAUGGGGGGCAGACCCUGUUCUGA